CGGCCCCGGGUCUGGCCGCGCAGGCCAGCGAUGCGUGAGCCCCGGGCCCGACUUCGGCCCGCCGCCCGCCCGGACGCCAAGGACACGGGAGGAUGGAGCGGCCCGGCGGGGUCGGGGCGAGCGCGGGGUGUAGGGGAGCGCGUCCCCCGGCCCUGUCCCCCAGCUCGCCGCCUGCACCCCGCACGAGCCGCCGUCCCCGUGGGGGCCCUCCUCACCUCGGGCCAGUCCAGCACAACGCGUCGCUCUCCCAGGGGGACUCCCAUAAGAUUAGGCGCAUCUGGAGUCUGCAUUUAGAGGCCGGGGACGGGGCGGAGGGGACGGGGCCCGACGUCCAGGGCCGGGGACACCCAGGCACGCGGUAAAGCGGCGUGCGGAGCUGGAAGCGGGCCUUCUGCGGGUGAAGGCCAAGACCUGGGGUCCCCAGGCCAGUAGGGGAGCGGCUGGGAAGGCCGCGGGCGCGGCGCCUUUAAGGCCCGACCGCCCAGUCAGGUGACCGGGCCGUCGCCUGGCAACGGGAAGCCGCGCGGACCCCGGAGCUCUCCCACCGACGCCACGGAGGUCAGGCUCAUGUCCGAGGCGAACCCCCGAGAGUGCGCGGAGGCCGCGGAGCCCCCGGCCCCGGAGGCCCCGGCGCCCGCGCCCCCGCAGAGAACCAGCGACUACUACCGCAUAGACGGGGAUCUGCCGGUCAGGUUCAACAACCCGGAGUGGUUUCGGGGCUACGGGACCAAGGAGCCUGUCUCCGUGUACAGGACCAGUAACCAAGCUUACGGGAGCAGGGCCCCCACCGUGCACGAGAUGCCGAAAGUAUUUUACCCAAAUUCGGGCAAGUUUUCCAGACAACUUGCGGCCGGUGGGAUGUUCCGGAACAAUACUUUCAACGUCUGCGUGGAGAAGAGCGUUGUGACGGGUCCCGACAACUACAUCACCUCCUACGACCGCUUCAACUUCCACCCCAGCUACAACGUCAACAGGCCCUCCAUCUGCGAUUGAGAGUCCUCGAUCGGUUGAGGUUUGCUAGGAUUCGUGAGGCCUUCAGUGAGGAGAGUUUUCUGUGCCAGUAGAUAUGUUUCAGACACGGACCUCCCCCUUCCUGUGUGAGGGCAGGACGUGUUCAUCAUGGGAAAUCCGGAAGGCACUCGCUCUAGACAGAGGCCACGGUUACGUUCCACGGAUGCUAUCUCCUUUACAAAAAUCGUGGUCCCGUCAGGGUGGGAAGGAAUGAAACGCCACGACUGGUUGUGUCUUCAUCAAAACCUUUUUAUUAUGAAUACACAGAAGUAGACAUUUUGGCCACAGGCUUAAUGUCCCAUGUGGGACGGAAAUUGUUUCCGGGGAAAGUCGAUAUUCUUAAUAAAAAGAUGCGAAGCUGAGCCCGAACCCAGGGUCUGUGCGUUAUCUUUCUGAGCCGCGAAACCAGUGCGCUCUCCAGGCAUCAGGCCAAAAAUUACUUACCAGGACCCUUCACUAAAAAAUACCCAAAUC